AGGUGCAAGGGGGCGGAGGCGCGGCCGGGGCGGGCCGCCGCGGGGCAUUUAAACUCGCCGAGCGCAGGAAGCCGCGGCCGCUCGGCGCUCUCCCCGCUCCCCAUCUCCGCUUCCAGGACCAGCUGGCGAGAUGCGGGCUUCCCUGGCCCCAGGCGUCUGGUUCCUCCGCGCCUUCUCCAGGGACAGCUGGUUCCGAGGUUUCAUCUUGCUGCUUACCUUCCUCGUUUAUACCUGUUACCAUAUGUCCAGGAAGCCCAUCAGUGUUGUCAAGAGUCGUCUGCACCAGAACUGUUCUGAUCUGAUCAGGCCCAUCAACGAUACCCAUACUAUCAAUGACACCACGUGGUGCAGCUGGGCUCCAUUUGACAAGAGCAACUACAAGGAGUUACUGGGGGCUGUGGACAAUGCCUUCCUUGUGGCCUAUGCCAUCGGCAUGUUUAUCAGUGGGAUUUUUGGGGAGCGCCUCCCCAUCCGUUAUUACCUGUCAGCCGGGAUGCUGCUCAGUGGCCUUUUCACUGCCUUCUUUGGCAUGGGAUACUUCUGGAACAUACACAUGCUUUGGUACUUUGUGCUCAUCCAGAUCUGUAAUGGACUUGUCCAGACCACAGGCUGGCCCUCUGUGGUGACCUGCGUGGGCAACUGGUUUGGGAAGGGAAGGCGAGGCCUCAUCAUGGGCAUCUGGAAUUCCCACACAUCUGUGGGCAACAUCAUGGGCUCCCUGAUUGCCGGCGUCUGGGUGAAUGAGCAGUGGGGCCUGUCCUUCAUCGUGCCUGGUGUCAUCACUGCGGCCGUGGGCGUCUUCACCUUCCUCUUUCUCAUAGAAUACCCAGAAGAUGUGGACUGUACCCCUCCUCAGCACCAUAGCACUCCAGGAGGGGACCAGGACAACCCUGAGGACCCUGCGAAUGGCCCCUGCUCAGACAGAGAAAGCAACCUGGAGGCCACUGCCAGAUGCUCCAAGGAACCGAGUGUCAAGCCUGCCGCCAUCAGCUUCCUUGGGGCACUCCGAAUCCCGGGCGUGAUAGAGUUCUCUUUGUGCUUGCUCUUCGCCAAGCUGGUCAGUUACACGUUCCUCUACUGGCUGCCCCUCUACAUCUUCAAUGUGGCUCACUUUGAUGCCAAGGAGGCCGGGAACCUCUCUACACUCUUUGAUGUUGGUGGCAUCAUAGGUGGCAUCCUGGCCGGGCUCAUCUCUGACUAUACCAGUGGCAGGGCCACCACCUGCUGCAUUAUGCUCAUCGUGGCUGCCCCCAUGAUGUUCCUGUACAACUACAUUGGCCAAAGAGGGAUGACCAGCUCCAUAGUCAUGCUGAUCAUCUGUGGGGCCCUGGUCAACGGCCCUUAUGCACUCAUCACCACUGCGGUCUCAGCUGACCUGGGCACUCACCAGAGCCUGAAGGGCAACGCCAAGGCGCUCUCCACUGUCUCGGCCAUCAUCGACGGCACUGGCUCCAUAGGUGCAGCCCUGGGGCCUCUGCUGGCCGGGCUUAUUUCCCCCACGGGCUGGAACAAUGUCUUCUACAUGCUCAUCUCGGCCGACAUCCUGGCCUGCUUGUUCCUCUGCCGGUUGGUGUACAAAGAGAUCCUGGCCUGGAAAGCAUCCCUGAACAGGAGCAGAGGGUACAGAGAAAUCUGAAGCCCCUACUGGAAGAGAAGCAUGGGGGACUCCCCUUGGGCCCCCAAAGUGCUCCCCAUGGGAGAGACAAUGGACACUUGCACAGAUGGGUGAGGCAAAGUCUCUUGACCCAAUACCAGCUAGGCUGGGCGGCGCAGCCCAGCAGUUGCUAAGAGCUUAGGAGCUUCUCCGUGGGAAGGGGACUGCCAAGGAUGAGAAAACCGAAGAUGAAAGGACCUGCUCUCUGGGAGCUGCAAGCAGAUGGGAUGGGGCUCAGAGCUGAGUACUGUCUCCAUCUUGCUCAGGCUCUUGCUUAUUCAGCUUCCAAGACAGAAGGCAGAGGUUCUAUGGGGCCAAGGACUGGAAAAGGUGGAUCUCUUCUUCCCACGUUGAAUUUAAAUCUCUUAUAAUCAACCUGUCCCUUUAGUGACAGGUGGAUAUCUCACCCUGCUCCAGAGACAUCUGGCCUCCCUUUGUCUCUUUGUCCCUGAACCGGACUUCUCUUUGUAUUUCCCCAACUUGGACCCUCUUCUUCAACCCUCCACCGGAUACUAUUUAUAACUUCCUUACCCAUUUUGAUUAAGGUAUUAUUGCUGUAUCCUUCAGGGUCAGGAAUAGGGUAAAGCCAGGCAGGGGCCAAUAGAAUAAAAGGUAAAGGUGUCCUCACCCUCAGGCUUGCCCAACACUGACAGUGAGUCCUCCCUUGCUUCACCCUAGUCCAGCCCUCUGGGCCCACUGCUGUGGUGGGGGUAGGGACAGAGUAUGACUAAAAGUACUAGUGUGUGACAGCUCUACUCAGAGUGAAAGUAGAAAACAGACCCAGAGUCAUACUGUGCCCUGAGCACAAGCAGCCAGGGUGACAAGACUGGCAAGUCAUGAGAGAACUGUCUGCUCCAUCCAAGCAGCCAUUACCUGUGCACUUGUUUGGAGUUAUCUGUAACCCCUGUUUUCUACCCCGCGUACCUGAUGUACUUACUCUGAAUGUAUUCACUCCUCAAACCCCAAAACCUGGAUUGCUACCUGCCAAACUGGCUCUUGGCAUUACGUCUGAUCCUUCAAGCCGCCUGGCAGCACAGUACAGAUUUCCUUUUGCCAGCUGUGCGUGUACUGUUCCUUGUGGAGCGUGGCACAGCGGCAGCAAGCUGGGCUCGCCUGGGUUGCUGGAGGUGAUGGCCCAGGACCACCAUGUUGAUGUGUUGAGGCUUGUUUACAAUGGGCGUUCACUGUGGGGGUGCCGGUGAUAUCAGUGACAUGUGGAGCCCACUAGGAGCUUAGAGCUCAUACAAGAUACAACCACUACAUUAACUGGGACAGUCUGUGGGCCAGUGUGUGAACUGGAUACAAAUCCCUCAACAGUGAAAUUGGUCUUCCAGGCUCUGACGGUAAAACAAAUAUGUCGGUCUCGUAUUGCCUCAUACUCACUAAGGCCUCAGAGCCUACAGGCUAGGAGCCAUAGUACAUGGUGUUAUGUUCAGCUCUAAUGAAGGCUUCUCUCAAGACCACAAAGAUUGAUCUGAUACCCUCACUUUGGUGGGAUUAGCUCAGGAGCUGUGUUGCUUGUAUGAGCCACUAGAUGGUGACAUAAUCCCAUGAUAGAGCCCAAUGUGGGCCUGUGCUCCCAUUUGCCUCCUGAAAGUGGGCGGAGGACAGGUGUCUUCACCUGCAACUUUCAGCUUUCUGUUGCAGACAGAGGUCAGGGUAGGAGGGUUGGGAUACUGGUCCUCCUUUGGCUUUUUUGGUAUCUUCUCUUCCCCUGUGUCACCACUUAACUAGCUUUAAGCUGUUUCCUCAUCUAGAAGGUGGUGGUAACAUCACCUACUUCAUAGGGUUGGUGUGAAGGGAAACAAGUAAGCAUUAAACACGUCCUUGCCCUUGGGGAACUUGUCUAGUUAGGAGGAGAAGAUAGGAAUAUGAAAACAUUUAAAAACAAUACAAGAAAUAAUACAGAGAGCUAGUGACUCGAGUUGAGAGGUGGCACUAUUUCUUGGUCCAGCUAUGAAGGGAUAGGGGCUGGAGGGAGGGUGAGUCCAGUGACAAUAGGAGGAAUACAUGUGAAAGGAUCAUGAAGGAAGAAUUAUUAGGACUUGAGUGAUUAGGUGGUAUGGGGAGGUGGAAGAGGGUGGCUAAACUGAGUACUUACCAAGCCCCUAACAUGUUAGCUAUUAAACUGAAAAGCCAAACCCAUUGCUGUCAAGUCAAUUCUGACUCAUAGCAACCCUAUAGUACAGAGUAGAACUGCCCCAUAUGGCUUCCAAGGAGCAGCUGGUGGAUUUGAACUGCCACCCUUCCAGUUAGCAGCCAUAGCUCUUAACCACAGCACCAUCAGGGCUCAGUGUUAGCUAUUAAAAAAAAAAAAAAAAAAAAAGCUAUUAGGGACUGGAAAA